AUGAUACAAGCGGGUGUUCAGUCAGCUUCGCAAGCUGUGCUUUCUUUUCUUGUUCCUAGCAUUGCUAUCAGCCUCAUUGGUGCCAUUCUUUUGGUUGCCGUUCGUCUCCUGAAGAACGACCCGAAGAAAGGCAACCACAAGCCACUGCCAGGCCCAAAAGGUCUGCCAUGGAUUGGACCGAUUCACAAGUUCCCUUCACAGCAUGUCUACAAGAAGUUUGCUGAAUGGCAUGAGCAAUAUGGCCCCAUCUACCAGUUCACACUCUUCGGUGUGACCCAUAUUCGCAUCAACAGCGAGAAGAUCGCCCAGGACCUUCUUGCAAAGCGUGGAGCCCACUACUCGAACCGUGCGCCUACACCCAACAUCCCAGGUGCCAAAGUUGAUGCGGAAUAUCUCCCUCUUUUGGACAAUAAUGACGCACUUACGAGGCAUCGCAAAUUUGCCCAUCAGUGUCUUACCGAGACUUAUAACUUCGACAUGUUUGGUUUCACACAUCUUGAAAUCACAAGAAUGAUGUACAUGCUGAUGAAGGACAACCGUAACUACCCUGAUUUGGCUGAAGAGUUCACUCAUCGAGUGAGCGCUCGUCUCGCGUGGGAGGAACCCACUCUGAGUCGCGGUCUGAACCAAAGCUCGGCUGGCCUGCUAGCUGCUAUUUCCCCCGCCGGCCAACUGCCCAACCGAUUCCCUGUUAUUCAGAAGUUGCCGAACGUUCUGAAUCCGUGGUACUGGAGAGAGAAGGCUCGCCAUGAUGCCCAAAGAGAAUUCUGGGUUGGUGCCAUGCAAGCUGUCAAAGCCAAAAUGGAGGCCGGUAUUGAUGGUCAUUCCUGGUCUCGCACGUUCAUCAAGGAGCAAGCGCGCAUGAAGUUUCCUAGCGGCGUUCCCGACGACAAGGAAGGUGCAUUUGCGGUUGGUAUGCUCGCUAUCACAGCAUCGUUACCCAUGUCAUCGCCCAUCCAGACCUAUUUCCUCGCCAUGUGCCACUAUCCCCAAUGGCAAAAGCGACUUCAACAAGAGAUCGAUGAAGUCUGUGGUCCCGACCGUCUGCCUACAUGGGCUGACGCGCCAAAGCUUCCGGUACUGAGGGCGAUCGGUAAAGAACUAAUCCGCUGGAGGCCACCAGUCCCCACUGGCGUACCCCACGAGGCCGAGAGGGACGACGUUUACGAUGGAUACUUCAUUCCCAAAGGUGCACUACUCCACCCUACUGAGUGGGCGCGUCGGAGCGACGAGGCUGUCUACCCCAAUCCAGAAGAAUUCAACCCUGAUCGCUACCUGAACCCCAAGUAUCCAACCUACAAGGAGCCACUGACAAAGUACCCUAACGUCAUCAACCACCACGUCUUUGGUUAUGGUCGCCGCAAUUGUUUGGGUAUGGAGAUCGUAGACUACCAGUUGGUCACUGUCAUGGGCUCUUUGGCCUGGGCGUUCGAUGUCACCAAGAAGAAGAACAAGAUUGGUAUUGAUAUCCCUGUGCAUACCUUUGAGUGGACCGACUUGCUCAUCACCCGACCGGAGGUUUUCGUGUUCGACAUCAAGCCAAGAGAUGAGUACAAGGAGAAGAAGCUUGUGACAAUGUUCGAGGAGGCACUGGCAGCACAUCCUGAUCUUGCCAUCUGA